AUGCGUGCUGCGCGCGCCGGUGCGGGGACAGCUGGCGCCGGGAGCAGCCCGGGGGUGGCAGGCGGCGGCGGCGGCGGCCACGGCCACGGUGGCCCGGAGCGAGACGCGCUGCAGGGAGCCGCCGGAACGAGGACGCCCCGCGCGCGAGGACCAUGGCGGGCGACAUCACCCACACCGGGGAGCUCUAUUCUCCCUACGUCGGGCUGGUGUACAUGUUCAACCUCAUCGUGGGCACCGGCGCGCUCACCAUGCCCAAGGCCUUCGCCACAGCGGGCUGGCUGGUCAGCCUGCUCAUGCUGCUCUUCCUCGGCUUCAUGAGCUUCGUGACCACCACCUUCGUGAUCGAGUCCAUGGCAGCUGCCAACGCCCAGCUCCGCUGGAAGAGGGCCCAGGCCCGCCCGGAGGACGCAGACGACUCCUCCACGUCCGACAGCGAAGUGCUCCCGCAGGACGGCUACGAGCAGGCGGAGACGCAGCCCAUCCUCUCUGUGCAGCGGCACGGCCCUCAGCACCUGUUUGAGAUCACGGACCGGGUGGAGAUGGGACAGAUGGCCUCCAUGUUCUUCAGUAAAGUGGGCGUCAACCUUUUCUACUUCUGCAUCAUCAUCUACCUGUACGGGGACCUGGCCAUCUACGCGGCCGCCGUGCCCUCCUCGCUCAUGCAGGUCACCUGCGCCACCGGCAAUGACUCCUGCGGGGUAGAAGCCGACACCAAGUUCAACGACACGGACCCGUGCUGGGGGCCCCUGCGCCGCGUGGACGCCUACCGCAUCUACUUGGCCGUCUUCGUGCUCCUGCUGGGCCCCUUCACCUUCUUCGAUGUCCAGAAGACCAAGUACCUGCAGAUCCUGACCUCGCUGAUGCGCUGGCUCGCCUUCGCCGUCAUGAUCGUGCUGGCGCUGGUGCGCAUCGGGCGCGGGCAGGGCGAGGGGCGCCCGGCGCUGGCCGCGCUGGCCGGCGUGCGCAACCUGUUCGGCGUGUGCGUGUACUCCUUCAUGUGCCAGCACUCGCUGCCCUCGCUGCUCACGCCCGUGUCGCGCAAGCGCCACCUCACGCGGCUGGUGGGGCUGGACUACGUGCUCAUCCUGGCCUUCUACGGGCUGCUGUCCUUCACGGCCAUCUUCUGCUUCCGCGGCGACCACCUGCUGGACAUGUACACGCUCAACUUCGCGCGCGGCAGCGUGGUGGGCGCGGCGCCCGUGCGCCUCUUCCUCGGCCUCUUCCCCGUCUUCACCAUCAGCACCAACUUCCCCAUCAUCGCCGUGACGCUGCGCAACAACUGGAAGACACUGUUCCACCGCGAGGGCGGCACCUACCCCUGGGUGGUGGACCGCGUGGUCUUCCCGGCCAUCACGCUGCUGCCGCCCGUGCUCGUGGCCUUCUGCACGCACGACCUGGAGACGCUGGUGGGCAUCACGGGCGCCUACGCGGGCACGGGCAUCCAGUACGUGAUCCCCGCCUGCCUGGUGCUGCUGUGCCGCCGCGACAGCGAGCGGACCUUCGGGCGCGGCGCCCCCAACCCGCACCGCUCGCCCUUCCGCCACAACUGCUGGGUGGGCUUCGUGCUGCUCUGGGCGCUCUCCUGCUUCCUCUUCGUCACCGCCAACAUCGUCCUCAGCGAGACCAAAGGCUGAGGCCGCUCCCGCCCGCCGCGGGCUCUGCGCGGGUUCAGUGGGACCCCGCCCCCACCUCGUGAACAGCGGGGGCGUCCUUCUGAUCCUCUACCCUGCAGCACCCGGUGGCCCUCCUCCUCCAGGCAGCCCUCCAGGCCAGCUGAGCUGCAAGGGUCCAGGCUGUGCCGGGCCCUCCCUGCCGGAAUCCAGGACCCAGAACCUUCGUUGUCCCUUCCGCUGCCCCUGCACGUGGGGCGGGGGGCUCCUCCCCAACGUGGGUGACGCAGCUUGGCACUGCCACUAUUUAUAUGGGACAUGUAGCUGCUCUCCCUUUGGGGGAAAUCAGAGACGCCCCCCUUCCUGCCGGGCCGGGAGUCCAGGGCAGCAGGGACUGUCUCCCGGCUGCCGCGGUACUUGGGGCUCCCCGCCCGGCCCUCUCGGGAGCAGGCCUUCCGGGGCGAACAGAUACGAUGGUGGACUCGAAGCCCAGCGAGGGGGGCCCCUGCCCUGGUUCUGCUCCACGCGCUGGGCGGCCUGUGUCCUCGUCCCUCAGAUGUCCUGGUGGGCGCCAGUCACGGUGCCCUCGGAAAGAGGGACAGGUGCCCCCACCCCCCUCCCGCGCGUGCGCGCCUGUGCCCAUGGCCUGGGAGACCGGUGGACGCGCUGUCCACGUGCCUUCUACAGGACCUGGUCCCUCCUCGGCUACCUGGCUCGGUCCCACCCGUCAGGGACCCCCCUCUGGGGCGGGGUGUCGGGCCCCUGCCCCGCACCCGUCAUUUCAGUGCCUUGCUCGGCCCCGCGCCUCUGCCUGUGUCUCUCCAGCCUCCAACCGAGGAUGGAGGGGACCCUGGGACGGCAGGGGGCGCACGGAGUCCCCCCGCACCGGCCCGUGGGCACCCCGUCACCUGCACCGGUCUUCACCCUGGCCACAUGCAUCUCGGCCUUCCGCUGCUUGGCCCUCGCCUCAGCCGACCCGCGCCCGGGCGCCCGGAGCCGGGAACCACCCGGAGGAGCCUGGGUCCCCUCCGAGCCCUGGGGCCCGGCUGGCUGCUGCAAACUAUUAAAACAUCUGCACUCA